AGGAACUUUGUUCUUGUUCAUAACAUAAUUUAAGCCUUUGUAUUAUCUGUGAGCUAUUCACUACAGUAAUUCGUCUCAAUCUGAAGCUUCAGUACUUCCCAAUUCUUUUUUCCCUUUCUUUCCCCCUGAUCUCGGCAAUCGAACCGAUUAUAAUUGCUUUGUCCGCUUCCGCCCUGGAUACCUACCUAAGGUACCUAGGCAUUUAUGUGGAAUAUCAACCCUUCGGUAUAAUCUUGUUAAAGUUAUUACCAAAGGGGGAGACUCUACAUUAUGGCACCCAUUGCCAUCUCCUCUGAAAGAGACCCGGAACUACUAGGUGGGGAACAAAGGUUAACAACCGUGUAUGAUGAUACCAUUCGCUUCUUCCUUAAUGGUACCCGCGUAGUUCUUGAUGAGAUCGACCCUGAGAUUACCCUGCUCGAGUAUUUAAGGGGAAUAGGUUUGACCGGAACAAAACUGGGCUGCGGUGAAGGCGGGUGUGGUGCCUGUACCGUCGUAAUCAGCCAAUAUAACCCAACAACCAAGCAAAUAUACCAUGCUAGUGUUAACGCCUGUUUGGCACCGCUCGCCAGCGUAGACGGCAAGCAUGUCAUCACUAUCGAGGGUAUAGGCAAUGUCAAGCAACCUCAUCCAGCACAGGAACGUAUUGCCAAGGGCAAUGGCAGCCAAUGCGGAUUUUGUACUCCUGGAAUCGUUAUGAGUUUGUAUGCUCUGUUAAGAAAUAACGAGAGCCCUACGGAACAUGACAUUGAAGAAGCCUUCGACGGAAAUCUCUGCCGAUGCACUGGCUAUCGCCCGAUAUUGGAUGCCGCCCAGACUUUUAGUGUCGGAAAUGCGUGCGGUAAAAGCACUGCGAAUGGUGGCUCAGGUUGUUGCAUGGAGAGUGGCGAUGGUACAAAAGGCGGAAAUGGAGGGUGCUGCAAGAGCAGAGAUCUCAGUGAUGGACAACCCAUCAAGAAACUUACUCCACCAGGAUUCAUCGAAUACAAACCAGAUACUGAACUCAUCUUCCCACCGUCACUGAAGAAGCACGUGUUCAAGCCCCUGUCCUUUGGAAAUAAAAGGAAGAGGUGGUACCGACCCGUUACAUUGGAACAGCUGCUGGAGAUAAAAAGCGUCUACCCCAACGCGAAAAUCAUUGGUGGAAGCACGGAGACACAAAUCGAGAUCAAGUUUAAGGCUCUACAAUAUCCUGUCUCAGUAUUCGUCGGAGACAUCCCCGAGCUGCGGCAGUAUUCUUUCAAGGAUGACCAUCUCGAGAUCGGCGGAAAUGUCGUCCUCACGGAUCUUGAGAAUAUUUGCCAGGAAGCCAUCAAGCAUUAUGGAGAAGCAAGAAGUCAAGUUUUCCAAGCAAUCUACAAGCAACUCAAGUACUUUGCCGGACGGCAGAUCAGAAACGUUGGUACUCCUGCUGGAAACCUAGUAACAGCUUCGCCCAUAUCCGAUUUAAAUCCCGUAUUCAUGGCAGCGGAUUGCGUCCUAGUUGCUAAGUCUCAAAGUAAGGAAACUGAGCUUCCUAUGGCAUCUUUUUUCAGGGGUUACCGUAGGACAGCUUUAGAACAAGAUGCAAUUCUUGCAUCUAUUCGUAUUCCUGUAACUCGCGAGAAUGGAGAGUAUUUCAGGGCCUACAAGCAAGCCAAGCGAAAGGAUGACGAUAUUGCCAUUGUUACAGGAGCGUUACACGUCAGACUAGACCAGAAAGGUGUUGUUGAACAUUGCAACUUGGUCUAUGGUGGCAUGGCACCCUCUACUGUCGCCGCAAAGGCGGCCAACGAGUAUCUUAUAGGCAAAUUAUUCGCCCAUCCGGAUACACUAGAAGGUGUCAUGAACGCACUUGAGUCUGAUUUUAACCUCGUGUUUAGCGUUCCAGGAGGUAUGGCUUCGUAUCGGAAGUCACUAGCGCUUAGUUUCUUCUAUAGAUUCUAUCAUGACGUGCUAUCGGGAAUUAGCGCGGAGAGUGAGCAUGGUGAUAGUCAGGCCGUCGAAGAGCUCGAGCGAGCGUUAUCAUCCGGUUGGAAGGACCAUGAUGCAACCUCUGAAUAUACUAAAGGGCCGUUAGGAAAAGCCGAUAACCAUGUAGCAGCUCUGAAGCAGAGUACAGGAGAAGCCCAAUACACCGACGAUAUCCCACCACUCAAGAACGAACUUUACGCGUGUCUGGUGUUAUCUACGCGAGCGCACGCAAAGAUCAAGUCGAUUGACUAUUCCGCGGCGUUGGAUAUCCCAGGUGUGGUGGACAUUGUCGACAAGAAUGACUUACACGAUCCUGAACAUAACAAAUGGGGUGCGCCUAAUUUUGACGACUUGUUCUUCGUCGAAGAUGAAGUAUUUACUGCUGGCCAGCCAAUUGCGAUUGUCUUAGCUACAUCGCAGGCUAGAGCGGCAGAAGGAGUCAGAGCUGUGAAGAUCGAGUACGAGGACCUUCCUGCCAUUUUCACUAUUGAAGAGGCAAUCGAGAAAGAAAGCUUUCAUAAGUUCUUUCGAUAUAUCAAGAAAGGAGAUACGGAAGAAGCUUUCAAAAAUUGCGACUACACUUUCACUGGUGUUUCGCGGAUGGGCGGCCAGGAACAUUUCUAUCUUGAAACGAAUGCGUGCGUGGCUAUACCUAAGCCUGAAGAUGGCGAGAUGGAAAUCUGGACUAGUAGUCAAAAUCCUACUGAAAGUCAGUCGUACGCAUCUAAGAUCCUCGGGGUGCAGUCGAAUAAAGUAGUAGCUCGCGUCAAACGUCUUGGCGGUGGCUUUGGUGGGAAGGAAACCAGAUGUGUUCAUCUCAGCACGAUUUGUGCACUAGCCGCGCAAAAAUCCAAGCGGCCAGUCAGGUGUAUGCUUAACCGGGAUGAAGACAUGGUGAUAUCUGGCCAGCGGCAUCCUUUCCUCGCAAAGUGGAAAGUGGGCGUGAAUAAAGAUGGCAAGCUCCAAGCCCUCGAUAUGGACGUAUUCAGCAACGCUGGCUGGUCAUUUGACCUGAGCCCCGCUGUGUGUGAACGCGCCUUGAGCCAUAGUGAUGGUUGCUAUAAGGUCCCGAAUGUUCACGUCCGCGGACGCCUGUGCAAGACCAACACCAUGUCGAAUACGGCAUUCCGUGGCUUCGGUGGCCCUCAAGGCUUGUUCUUCGCUGAGUGUUAUGUGUCCGAAGUAGCUGACCGCCUUGGAAUCCCAGUGGAGAAGUUCAGAGAGAUCAACUUCUACAAACCCAGCGAGGAGACUCAUUUUAAUCAACCUCUUCAAGAUUGGCAUGUGCCUCUAAUGUAUAAGCAAGUCCAAGAGGAGUCGAACUACGCCGCCCGCCGCGCGGCCGUUGAAAAAUUCAACGCGGAGCACAAGUGGCGUAAACGGGGGCUGGCACUGAUCCCAACAAAGUUUGGUAUCUCCUUUACCGCGCUCUGGUUGAACCAAGCUGGAGCUUUGGUGCAUAUCUAUCAUGACGGAUCAGUUUUACUUGCACAUGGUGGUACGGAGAUGGGCCAGGGGUUACACACGAAGAUGAUCACGAUUGCCGCGCAAGCGCUCCAGGUACCGAAAGAGGACAUCCACAUUUCGGAGACAUCCACCACGACGGUAGCUAAUUCAUCCCCUACGGCCGCUUCGGCGUCGUCGGACCUGAAUGGUUACGCCGUCUGGAAUGCUUGCGAACAAAUUAACGAACGUCUUGCACCGUAUCGUAAAAAGCUAGGACCUCAAGCUACCAUGAAAGAACUUGCACACGCAGCCUAUUUCGACCGUGUGAAUCUAAGUGCCAACGGAUUUUACAAGACGCCCGAGAUCGGAUACACAUGGGGCGAGAACACCGGAAAGAUGUUUUUCUACUUCACACAGGGUGUUGCAGCGGCCGAAGUUGAGAUGGACUGUCUGACUGGUACUUGGACGUGCUUGCGCGCCGAUAUAAAGAUGGACGUAGGACGGUCGAUCAACCCUUCGAUCGAUUACGGUCAAAUCGAGGGUGCAUUCACCCAAGGUCUCGGUCUAUUCACCAUGGAGGAGAGUUUAUGGCUGCGUAAUGGUCCGACGGCGGGUAACCUGUUUACGAAGGGACCAGGGGCAUACAAGAUCCCAGGUUUCCGAGACAUACCUCAGGUGUUCAACGUCAGCUUGUUAAAGGGCGUAACGUGGGAAAACCUGCGCACGAUCCAACGAAGCAGAGGUGUCGGCGAACCGCCCCUGUUUAUGGGUAGUUCGGUAUUCUUUGCGAUCCGCGACGCACUUAAAGCUGCGCGCGCGGACUACGGGGUGAAGGCUAAAUUGUUCACCCAGGGAGGUGAAGACGAUGGGUUAUUGAGGCUCGAGAGCCCCGCUACGCCCGAGAGGAUUAGACUUUCGUGUGUUGAUCCUAUAAUGGAACGAGCGAGAGUAAUACCUAAGGAAGGCGAAAAGAGCUUUUUUGUUGCUAUUUAGUUAGGUGAGACUAUCCAAAUUUAGGUAUUUUCAGACGAGCAUAAUGAGCAUUAUGAGCUUACGUUCUAUUCUGCGGGUUAGAUAUAAGCUCUAGCAUAGUUGGGUUGAACGAUAAAUCAACGAAUUACUAGAUUGACCUUUUAUGGUGCUUUUUUAUACCAUCUUUUCUUCUGUCGUAGCCCUACUUAAACACCCUACUUAAACACAUUAAUACCCGACAGAAAAAGUGUCUCCAUAGUCGAUACUACCUAACCUAAUACUAUACAGUUUAAAUUCUUAAGCCAGGUGGUUCUAUAUGGCCCACCUUAAAUAAUAACCGGUUCAU